AUGCAAUUUGAUGAAAAUGGAAAAGCUGUUAAACAAUACAUUGGAGAAGGUGAAAAUGGUCCAAUUAAUUCAUACCGUUAUAAUCCAUAUUCUUAUUUCAAUGAAGAAUUAAAUGCUAUUGAAGAGGGACCGGAUGGAUUACCACGAUAUGUUAAUCAGUUUGAUGGUCAAUAUGCAAAUAUUAGACCCGAAAUUCCAGCUAAGAAAUUCUUUAAAGUUGCUUUAUUCGAUCCAGUGUUCAAUGAACAGAAAGAAGCAAUGAAAGCAGAAUUUAAACCAAUUCAAGUGGCAAGAAUUUCUUCAUCUUCACUUUCAGAAGCGUUCAAGGAAUUGAUAAAGAAACCACUUUAUUCUCAACAAGGUUAUAACUUUGAUUUAAUUAAAGAAAGUGAUAGACGUAAAUUAGAAAAAUCAGAUGGUUUUAAGAAUGCAUGUAAUGAAAUGAUUAAAGAUAUUGUAAAUGAUAAAAUAAGACUGGGAGAAACUCAAAUCAUUAUCAAUAACAUAAUUGGUGCAGUUACAAAGAAAGUAUAA